AUGGACUCUUCCGCGCACGAUAAAAAGAAGCGCAAGCGGAAACAUGCGGUUGCUGUCGCUGCUGAAUCGUCUAAGCCCGUUCCCGCAGAGCCAGCGCAGCAAGAGCCUACAACCAAUGUUAAAACGAAUGGCAGUAAGGUGAAGAGGAGGAAGACAAAGCAUCGGAGUGAAGAUGAGCCGGUGUCAUCAGGGGAAGACGAGAUCUCUCCCCAACAACCUGCGAGUGACCUGGAAAACGAAAGCGAAGACUCCGAGGCCGGACCAGAACUCGAGGAGACAGUGGAUUUGAGAAACGGCAAUAAGCAGGUCAUCGAGGCCAACGACCUUCCUACUGAAGAUGUACCCUCCCUACCCGGUACCGAAUUCAAGCCCCAGAAAUUUUCGGAGCUCAAUCUGUCGGAGAAGACCAUGAAGGCAAUCCAGGAAAUGAAGUUCGAGACUAUGACGGAAAUUCAACAGCGAGGAAUACCACCGUUACUGGCAGGACGAGAUGUUCUCGGUGCUGCCAAAACUGGGUCCGGAAAGACUCUAUCGUUCCUGAUUCCAGCCGUCGAGAUGCUCUCCUCUCUGCGUUUCAAACCUCGAAAUGGUACCGGUGUCAUUGUCGUUUCGCCAACGAGGGAACUGGCUUUGCAAAUCUUUGGCGUUGCGAGAGAGCUCAUGCAGUUCCACAGUCAAACAUUUGGCAUUGUCAUCGGUGGCGCAAACCGCAGUGCUGAGGCGGACAAGCUCACCAAGGGCGUGAACCUCCUGAUCGCCACACCUGGGCGGCUGCUCGAUCACCUGCAAAAUACCAAGGGCUUCGUGUACAAGAACGUCAAGGCGCUGGUGAUCGACGAGGCAGACCGCAUCCUCGAAGUCGGCUUCGAAGAUGAGAUGCGGCAGAUUGUCAAGAUGCUUCCAAAAGAGGACCGCCAGACGAUGCUGUUCUCCGCCACGCAAACGACCAAGGUCGAAGAUCUGGCUCGCAUCUCCCUGCGUCCAGGACCCUUGUACAUCAACGUCGAUCACAAGAAGGAGCAUUCAACUGUCGCAGGUCUGGAACAGGGCUAUGUCAUUUGCGACACAGAGAAGCGUUUCCUUCUGCUCUUCACAUUUCUGAAGAAAAUGGCCAAGAAAAAGGUCAUCGUCUUCUGCUCAUCCUGCAACUGUGUCAAAUACCACGCUGAGCUGUUGAACUACAUUGACUUGCCCGUACUUGAGCUACACGGCAAUCUCAAGCAGCAGAAGCGAACCAACACGUUCUUCGAAUUCUGCAACGCGAAGCAAGGCACGCUCAUCUGUACAGAUGUCGCCGCUCGAGGCCUUGAUAUUCCGGCCGUGGACUGGAUUGUCCAAUUCGACCCGCCUGAUGACCCAAGAGACUACAUUCACCGAGUCGGACGCACAGCUCGUGGCUCCAACGGCAAGGGCAAGAGCUUGAUGUUCCUGCAGCCCCACGAGGUUGGUUUCCUGAGCCAACUGAAAGAAGCACGAGUACCGGUCGUGGAGUUCGACUUUCCCGCCAAAAAGAUUCUGAAUGUUCAAUCCCAGCUCGAGAAGCUGAUCAACCAGAACUACUAUCUCAACAAGUCGGCAAAAGACGGCUACCGCUCAUACAUCCAAGCAUACUCUUCACAUUCGCUCCGCAGCGUCUUCGACGUGCACAAGCUCGACCUCGUGAAGCUGGCGAAGAGUUUCGGCUUCUCCGCUCCUCCUAGAGUGGACAUCCAACUGGGCAGCAGCAUGCAGCGAGACAAGAAGCAGCAGGGCCGUCGCAACUAUGGAAGCCAGCCGAAGCAGAACGGCCAUGGUCUGAAGUUCAAGCGCAAGUUUUCCAACGACAGGUAG